CAUACUUCUAAUGAUGCCGGAAUCUUCCUGGUCGUAUUUGCUGGCCAGUGUACAGAGACAAUGUAGUUGAGAGAGAAAGGGGAACUGCACCGGUGGAGAGAUCUGGGGAUGCAUGGACACGGUUAUGGGUGAUUCAUUUCAUUUUCAGCUGGAAAACAACACUGGAUAUGAGCACAAAAAGUGAGGAUUAAGUGAGUUUCGGGGCCCACAGGAUGGACACUGCGGAGGUGAUUCUCUCUGUGUUGGUGGUUGUGAUUAUCAUAGUGUCGUUGCUGUCCAACGUUCUGGUGCUGAUCUGCUUUCUGUACAACCCGGAGAUCCGUAAACAGGUCCCAGGUCUGUUCAACCUCAAUCUCACCUUCUGCAACUUGUUGUUGACCGUGUCCAACAUGCCACUCACUUUGGUGGGACUUGUCAGUAAGGCUCAGCCAGGAGGAGACGGCUUCUGCCAGAUCGUGGGCUUCCUGGAGACAUUCCUGUCCACCAACUCGAUGCUGAGCAUGGCAGCUCUGAGCAUCGACAGGUGGAUCGCGGUGGUGUUCCCCCUGAGGUACCACUCCAAAAUGCGCCACAAAGACGCGGCUUUGGUGCUCGGGUACACGUGGGUGCACUCCAUGUCCUUUUCCACGGUGGCCACCUGCCUCUCCUGGGUGGGAUACCACCGGCUGUACGCGUCCUGCACGCUGUCCAACCCGAGGGCGAGCAGCCUGACACCGUUUGUUAUCUUUACCGUCUUUUUCCACUCGUUCUCCUUCCUUCUGUCUUUUAUAGUGCUGUGUGUCACUUACCUCAAAGUGCUUAAAGUGGCAAGGUUUCACUGUAAGAGGAUCGACGUUAUUACAAUGCAAACUUUAGUGCUGCUGGUGGAUAUACACCCGAGUGUUCGCCAGCGUUGCCUGGAGGAGCAGAAGAGAAGACGACAGAGAGCGACGAAGAAGAUCAGCACCUUCAUCGGCACCUUCAUGAUCUGCUUUGCUCCCUAUGUGAUCACAAGGAUCGUCGAGUUAUUUCCAGCAGUGCCUAUCAACCCUCACUGGGGAAUUGUCUCCAAGUGCUUAGCUUACAGCAAGGCAGCCUGCGACCCCUUUGUGUACUCACUGCUCCGACACCAAUACAGGAAGACGUGCACUGACAUCAUCAACAGGCUGCUGAAGCGAAGCUCCUUGAAUGCAUCGGGGCGCGGACACGAGAACCAAGUCAACAGCAUACCAACUGCAGAGUGACCGGGCAACUGUCAGGGAAAUAUGAGGCUGAUUUGUUGCCGAUUAACAACAGAAUAAAUAUUGCUUGUUCAUGUCCAUGUCUGCUUGAAUUUGCUCUGACAAGCCAAAAGAAAGUGACUACAGAUGGAGGGCAAAUCCCCUGCACAGGAAUACCACUGGGCUUGCAUACUGAAACUCCAGGACAGCAGAUCUGUGCAGUGAACUUGUGAGGACAAUGUGAAACGGGAGAUUUCACAUCCACUGGAAGAGACAGAUGUGCUCACCCAAGAUGAACAGCCAGUUCAUACCCUCAUUAUUCUGACUGGAUAGCUUUAAGUCUGAUAUAAGAUAUUUGGAUUUAGUUUUACGCUACUGUCAUACAUACAUUAUUCGGAAGCCCUGAGAGGCAAGUGAGAGAAAUGACUAAUGAUCAAUUUUCUAAUAUCUAUAUCUAAAGAGUUUUCUCUCCUGUGUUUAUGUCUUAGAAAGAGGUGAUUUAUUAUCCGCCAUGGUCAUUUUUCUCACUUACUUCAUCAUAUGUAAAAACAGACACCUUUCCCACCUGUUUCAUGGAUGAAGAACAACAUAGAGAGACCUUUCUGGGCAGAACCUUUUUUUCUUACUUGCCAGUCAGGGCUUCUAUAAUGUUUACAUUCUAUUUUUUUUAAAUGAGAAAACAGAAAGAAUAGAAAAUGGCUGUUAGCUGUUUUAGUGAAAAGUGGAUGAGUUCACUCUGUAUGUAGCACUAUAAACUAGCCUAACCAAAACUAACAGUCCCCAAAUUGUAUUACAGUUGAAAACAGACAGUAGACUGUGCGACUGCACAGCUCAGCUCAGGUUUACAUUGCCUUGAAGCAUGAUGGCCAAUGACAUAUAAAGCUACGGGACUAUACGAGACUUUGUGUUUUUCUGUGUUUCAUGUAUGUUAUUUAGAAAGACUUAUCGACCCAGCCAAGCAGAUUUUUAAAGGUAAAAGUAAGCCCUCAAACAGACUGCCUUUGCUGUCAUGACUGACAUGUGCCCCUCAGGUUGUUGAGCUUAGUCGAGCAUGAUUGGCUGUACUCACUCGGAUUUGUACUCACAGAGAGGGUUACUGGAAGCGACAUGCUUUUGGAUUCCUCACACAUUUGGCCUGGAUGGAAAGGAAGGGAAAUGCAUUUGAUGUCCUUAUUUCCAUCACUUAAACUAAUGACAUCAUGUGAUGUUUAAUAGCAAUGAUAGUCUUUCAUGAAAAGCAAGAAAUAGUGUCUGUUUUCUGCUUUUAUUGACAGUCUUUAAGAAAGAUACUUGGCAGUCAACAUGUAUGUUAUUUUUUGAAAUGGAAAAACUUUAGGGAUAGCAGGAUCACUCUUUUGCUCUCACAAUAAUUGGGUGCAUAUGAUGUUUAUUUAUUGAAUCCCAUUGCUUGUGAAGUAUUGUAGUGUUAGGUCUUUCUUGAAGACGUAAGUCCAAGAGCCUUCUCCACUGACAAGUGUUAUCUGACUCACUAAAUGUUGUACCUAUUAUAUUUCUGUUCUGUAUCAGAAGAAAGGCAGCUCUGUAUCAGAGUGCUUUUCCCUGGGCUUCACUUUUCGUGGAGUUGACAUACUGUAGGUAAUGGUCCUCGACGCCUUAGUUUAGAAUAAAAGGGAUAAAGAUUACGUUUUUGAUGGGUUUGGUUACACAAUGUGUUCAGACGGUACAACAGUGAGUUACUGUAUGUAUUGCACACAGUGCCAAAACGAUCAAUGACGCCCAGUGAGCCAAAUAUAAGUAGCUGCUGUUCAUUUUUAUGGAAACAUAAAAGAAGAGAGAUUAAAAAAUAUAUAUUUAUGAAUAUACUAAUUGAUACAUAUUUGCUUUAAUUUUGUGAUCAUGAUUUUUAUGGAAGCCCAGAAUGGCAAGUGAGGAUAAAGAAGGCGGAUCUAAAUCGCCUCCUGUGUUUUUAACUUGGAGUGGAGAAAAAUGAAGGAACUAACAUUAUGAGAUAUAUAGACAAAGCUAUUAGGAUCAGGAAUAGUUGUUUUGGAUAUGCAUUGCAAAGUUAUGUUGGACACUCCAAGACAAUUAAUGCCUUAAACUCUGUUAUAUAUGAUAUGUUGUUUCCAUUCACAGCGGCAUACGGGCAUUUUGAACAAUAUGAAUAAAGUAAAUCAUUGCCUUAUUCACUUCAGUUCAUUAAAAAUCAUCUGUGUUUCUUUACCCUCGGCUUUCAAUGGUUUCUGCUAAUGUUUUGCACUGAUGUAGAGUAGUUAUUUUCCUCAUACAUGAUGGUUAUUGGUGAAAAAUCAAGGUAUAUCAUAUAUGUUGAUAGAUUUAGAUAAAUGACAACUUGAAGAGUAUUUUUGUGUCUUUUGAUAUACGUACAUGUAAUUUAUGACAACACUGUAUUUGUUGAGUGUUAAAGAAUGUGCUGCUUCACCUGCAAAUUAAGUUAAUACCGUUAUUGACAGGUGACGAUGAAUUGACUGUAAUAUACCUCAUUUCGUUAGGGUGGCUUACUUGACUGCCUGAAGUGUUUAGUUAUGUACUUACUAAUGUAUUAAACCACUGGCACGAUGCUGCUGCAGAUGGCUAGAAAAACCGUUGAUGAUGACGUUUCCAAGUGUUAAUGAUAGGAUGAAGAUAUUUGGUUUUGAUCCAAAUUGUAAUUGUAAUUUUGGCUAAAAUGAGGAGGAUGACUGUUUCAGAU